AUGUGGACCAAUCUUCUCGCAGCUGGAGCCGCACUCUUUCACGUUGCCAGCGCUUGCACGUCGUACGGUAUCGAUUUCAAGGGAAACGGUCACUACUUUAUCAACAAGAACAGCAACGAAUCCUUUACUGCGGUCUCAGAGUUCUAUGACUGUACCGGAACGGCCAAUGUAAUCUUGAUUGCGCCUGAUGGAGACUCAUUUUACUGCUCGGAUGUACCAACCACACCAGACUAUACUGACGCUGUCACGACCUGCCCCAUUCAGAAGAAUCAGAUGUAUUCUGGCGAUUGGACUCUCGUUCUUCUCGACAACAAUGGCAAUAACACCAGCUUUUCCGCCAAGCGUGUCUUACAUCUCGAUGUUGGCGAGCAAGUCACGUCUACUGUGAUUCCGACCAUUACCCUGAGCGUCACCCAAACUCCCACGUCAGUCGUUAAUGCUACGAUCACGGACCUGGACUCUACCACCCUUCUACCUUCUUCUGUUACCAGUCUCGCAAGCAAUGCGAAGACACAGACAGUUACCUCAUACCCGCCCCGAGAAACAAUUACCACAUCAUCGACAGCCACAGUCAAGCGCACGACUACAGUCUUUACGUACACUAUCAAAACGUAUACAGAGACCAAGGUCUGUGCAGCUGCCUUUGCAGCCAUGUCUGCUGAUCCUACUGCCGACCCCAGCCUUGUCGCCAUUGCCCAAGCUGCCGUUGCCUCCGCAAGCUCCGCUGUAGUGGACGCUCGCCGAUCUAGAAUCAGACGUGAUGUUACCAAAGUUAUGCAAGUCGCGAAGCGUCAUGGCGUUGCUCUUGCCAAACGUGCUCCAGACUCGUCUACUGUUACGUCUACGGAUACGGAUACUGCACACUGGAGCUCGAUUACUUCUAGCUUCACGGCUGUCCCAGUUACUCAGACUGCUUACACUACCGUCGAAAGCACCACGACAAUCACUCCUGCUCCAAUCACCAUCAUCGCAACCAAGACUACAGUCACCAAGACAGCAGGAACAUCUGUAAGCAAAUCUGGAGAGUAA